CGGUCGCCUCUGGUUGCUAUGGUGAUGGCCAGCGGCGGCGGCGGCGGCGGCGGCUCCACUUACUUGCUUCUGGGGGGUUCGGGCGCGGGCAAGACUCUGCUGGUGAAGCGGCUGCAGAAGCUGAGCUCCAAAGAUGGUGCCAAAGACCUUGGGGAGCCGCCAGCUACUCUGCCUACGGUUGGCACAAACCUUACUGACCUUCAAAUACGAAAGAAAAUCACAAUUCGUGAACUGGGAGGAUGCAUGGGCCCCAUCUGGUCUAGUUAUUACAGUGACUGUUGCUGCGUCCUGUACAUGAUUGAUGCUGCUAAGCCUACGCAAAUCUCCUCAUCCUGCAUUCAGCUUCUGUCACUUCUUUCUGCUGAGCAGCUAGCAUCAGUCCCUGUACUCAUCAUUUUCAACAAGAUUGACCUACCCUGCUAUAUGUCCCUUGUGGAGAUGAAGUCAUUGUUCCGAAUCCAGGAUAUCAUUGCCUGUGCCAAGCAGCCCAUCACUGUUGUAGAGACCAGUGCGCGUGAUGGCAAUGGCUUAUCCAAUGUGAUGCAGUGGUUUCAUUCUACAAUCCAAUGUGAUUGAAGCUGGAGAUUGCUCUCACCUCAGGUACCUUGGUUGGACAUGGAGCAGCAGAAAGAGACCUAGGCAACAGUCCUAGUCUUAUCACUUAGGAAGCAGCAGCUAGCAAAAUUUAUAGCCAGCAGAACUUAAUAGUUCCCUGCAGGCAGUGGAAACAACAUUGCUGCUAUGGACUUUGGAUGUACUUUGAACCCAAAAGUAAAUAUUUUCCUAUUUAAAUCA